ACUGCCACCGAGCCACCCACGACCGAUGCCGAUCUAUUCGCAUCGCGCGACCUCGAGUAGGGCCGCCCGCUAAGAUUCCAGCGCCGCCGCCCGCCCCAGUUCGCCAUCCCGGACCACGCAACCGCCGGCGCGGACCUUCCCGCCGCCGGUCGGCACUCCCGCCGCAGUCCAGCUUCCUCUGCGGGCCCUUUCCCCCUUUGCCCUCUGCCGCCACCGGGACACCCGGAAGCUGCCGUCGGGCCCCUCCGCACCGGCUACCGAUGGCGCCUCCGUCCCGAAGCUGCAGCCGAACAUAAACAUCUCCUCCACUCCUCCACGAAGAGAUGUUCUUCUCAUUGGUGCUUCUUGAACAAAUGGCAUCCUUCUCAAGAACAAUGGUGAUUUUUUGUGAGGCUUGGAACACAAGAACAAAAAAUAUGAUAGAUUUCCGUUUGCUUUCACCUGGCGAUGAGGAUGAUGCUAGCAAUGAGCAGCAAGAUCCGGCAUCUACUGUUGCUACUAUUGAUGGCAAAGAGCGAUCGACAUGGCAAGCGACUGCUGGCAAUGCUGAGGAUGAUGACAUUAAGCAACUGCUACCAAUGCCGCCACCUAAUGAAACCAGUGAUGAUGUGGUUGACUUUAAGAAAGUCAUACGUUUUUGUCGACCUGAACCAUCGGUGGAGCUAUUGGCUGUGUAUCCACACUUCUUCCCCUUUGUUGGGAAAAUCGCUGUUGACGAGAAUGGUGGUCAGUUUGUCUACCACCAAGAAGAAGGAGAAAAUCCCAAACUUGACUCUGAGGAAAAUUUGGUGCUCACAGGGCCAUUCGAAACUAUCUCAGGAUUCGGUUCCGGUUGCAUGACAAUUGAAAUCCCUGAGAUAAGCAGACCUGGUGUUAUUGACACUGCUACUCUAGUUUUUGGAGAUUACCCAUGUGUGGAUGCCAAGCAUGAAGAUCGCCUUAUCACAACAAAGUAUGGCCGCCACCUCGUUGUGUCAUAUGUGUUGAUGAAGGAAGGCUUGGGGGUCCAUGUGCAGGUCAGUCUCCGCCUCUUUGGUGACGAUACAUUUCAGACCAUCCACUUGCACGGUCAAAUCACUGCACAUAACCGGGUCUUCGAGGAUGACAAUGUGUUGCUCUUCUUCUGUGAGGAGGAGGAGAAGGUGCAGCUCACCCCCUCUGCUGGCAAUGGUAGUGUGAUCCUAAAGCCAAUGCAGCGGUUCAUUGUUACGGUGCCAAUCAAUCCACAGCCAUUUCUUACAAUUAAGGUACGGUUGAAUGUGACAACUCCAAGCAACGAGGGGGUUCCCAUCCCCUUUGAAGGUGAUGUUGAGUUCCCUCUUGACAGGGACCAUAGAAUUCGGACAAUCAGCACAAACCACGGUGAGGUGAAAGUCAGUAUCACGUACAAUUGAAGAAGCCUGGAGAAUUGCAAGCAUGAAGCAAAGAAGUAUUUGUACGAGGUCUUCCGGUUGUACUGCUAGCAAUAAGAGUCAAAAACUUGUCCUUUGUAUAGCCCUUGUUUAUUGAUGUCGUUAUCACAAUAUGAAUUUUUUUAAUAUCAGUGAUUUGUUUGCAAGCCA